AGAAGAUGGAAGUGAAGCAGCAGAUGAAAAUGAAUUCAGACAGAUUGUAGGGAGUCUGCUUUAUCUGACUGCCACAAGACCAGAUGUCAUGUUUGCAUCUAGCUUGCUUGCUAGGUUUAUGCACAAUCCCUCAAAGAAACACAUGGGAACUGCUAAAAGGGUGCUGAGAUACAUACAAGGCACAUUAGAUUUUGGAAUUGAGUUUGAAAAGGGGAAAACAGCUACUCUAAUUGGGUACUGUGACAGUGACUGGGCUGGGAGUGAGGAUGAUAUGAGGAGCACCUCAGGAUAUGCCUUCACACUAGGCUCAGGCAUGUUCUCUUGGGCUUCCAUCAAGCAAAACACAGUUGCUUUAUCUACAGCCGAAGCUGAGUAUGUGAGCGCUGCAGAAGCAACUUCACAAGCUAAGUGGCUCAGAUUUGUGCUUGAAGAUUUUGGUGAAGAACAGUUCAUCACCAAAAGGCAAGAGGUGAAGAAACUGGAGAUAACGUUGUUGAGCCUUAAUGCGGUGCUUAAUGACGCGGAGGAGAAGCAAUUCCUGAACAGCUACGUGAAGGAGUGGCUCAAUAAGCUUCAAGAUGGUGUCUUUGAUGCGGAUGACCUUCUGGAUGAGAUCAAUGCUAAAGUUUUGCGAUGCAAGGUGGAAGCUGAAUUUCAAACCGUCACGAAUAAGGUGCGGAACUUCCUCCCUACUUUUCUUAAUCAUAAUUAUCAAGGCAUGAAGGGUAGGAUACAUAAGUUGCUUGAAAGGUUAGAGCACCUUGCAAAGCAAAGGGAAUUCCUUGGGCUGAGAGAAGGUGUUGUUGGGGGGAAGAUUUCACAAAGAACUCCAACAACUUCCUUGGUGGAUGAAUCUUGUGUGUACGGUAGGGAUGGAGAUAAAGAAAAACUGAUGAACCUCUUGUUAUCUGAUGAAGCAAGCAACAAGGAUGUAUCUGUCAUCACCAUAGUGGGAAUGGGCGGGGUUGGCAAGACAACCCUCGCUCAGCUCCUUUAUAAUGAUGACAAAGUGAGAGAGCAUUUUAAUCUUAGAACUUGGGCUUAUGUUUCGGAAGAUUUUGACGUUACUAGGGUAACUAAAACCCUACUUGAGUCAGUCAAUUCAAAAGCUUACGAUAAUAAAGACCUGAGUUUUCUUCAAGUUGAGCUAGGACAACAAAUAAAGGGCAAGAAAUUUUUAUUUGUGUUGGAUGACCUUUGGAAUGAGAACUAUGGUGAUUUGAGUGUCUUGCAACGUCCUUUUGCAUCCGGGGCAAGUGGAAGUUGGGUCAUUGUGACAACACGUAAUGAAAGUGUGGCAGCUUGCAUACGCACCAUUCCGAUUCACUUUUUGGAACAGCUGUCCGAUGAGGAUUGUUGGUUGUUACUUUCAAAACAUGCCUUUGAAAAUGGAAACUCGAGUGCGCGUCUGGACCUAGAAGAAGUUGGUAAGAAAAUUGCUUCUAAGUGCAAUGGUUUACCUUUAGCUGCAGAAACACUUGGAGGCCUCUUGCCCAUUUCAAUCAUUUCAAUCACUGGAGAAGCUAAGUUUGAGGAGAUGGCAGAGUGGGAAGAAUGGGUAUCAAGUGGAAGUGUUGGUCCAGACUUUCCUCGUCUCCAGAAGUUAAUUCUAGAAAAGUGUCCGAAACUGAGAGGAAGCUUGCCUUGUGAUCUACCUUGCUUGAAAAAGCUUCGCGUGAAAGGGUGUGGGGUUUUACAUGAUCAAAGGGCCACUGCUACUACUAGUACUAGUACUAGUACUAGUCUCAACUACAACUCUCUUAAAGGAUUGAAAAUAGAAGAUGGAUGCCAAACAGGUCUGUUAUCAUUACUAGAGACAAAGCUCCUGUCCCAACUUGACAUUCGACAUUUUAAUGACAUACAGUGCUUGCCCAACAUCAAUCGUCUUCAAAGUUUGACUCUCGGGCAUUGUCCAACGCUGUUGUCGUUCCCUGAAGAUAGCCUACCCACUUUGUUGACUUCACUUCAGAUAUACAGGUGUAGGAGAUUAGAAUUCCUACCUCAGACGUUGGUUCAAUUAACAUCGCUCCGCUAUUUGAGUUUAGAGAAUAGCUGUGAUUCAAUGAGGUCCUUCCCAUUGGGCAUUUUUCCCAAAUUGAUGUCGCUUAAUAUUGGGAAUUGUGAGAACUUGGAAUCACUAUCCUUGAUUGAAGAAGAAGGAGUUGAUGAGAAUCUCAGUCAUCUCAAUAGAUUGACUAUCUCAGGCUGUCCAAAUCUGGUGUGUUUUCCCCAGGGAGGAUUGCCCACUCCCAAACUGGCUUCGCUGCAAGUUAAUAGAUGCAACAAGUUGAGGUCAUUACCUGAAUGCAUUCACACACUCACAGCCCUUCGAUAUUUGAUUAUAAAGAAUCUUCCAGAUCUGGAGUCAAUUGCAGAAGAUGGGGUUUUGCCUCCCAACCUCCAACAUUUUAGUAUUGAGAAUUGUGAGAGACUGAGGGCUUCAUCUUCAUCAGUGGGAGACUACUGUAACUGGGGUUUGCAAGCACUUGUCUCCCUUAAAUACCUUAUUAUUGGUGGCAGGGGAAGUGAUGAAAUCUUGGAGACGUUGCUCAAGCAACAGCUGCUCCCUACCACUCUUCACACUCUCUUCAUCGAGGAACUUUCAACUCUGAAAUGUUUGGAUGGAAAGGGACUUGCACACCUUACUGUUCUUCGAAGUCUAUCCAUUUUUAGUUGCAAAAGUCUGGAAUUCUUGCCAAGAGAGGCACUUCAACACCUCACUUCUCUUCAAGAGCUAUAUAUUUACGACUGUCCGAGUCUCCAAUUUCUGCCAGAAGAGGGUCUGCCGCCAUCUCUUUCUUAUUUGAGAAUCUACAAAUGUUCCGGCCUGGAGAAAAGGUAUCAGAAUAAGAAAGAUCAUUGGGCCAGCAUAUCUCACAUUCCAUGCAUCGAGAUAAAUGAUGAAGUCAUCUUACGAGAAUAAAACAAACAAGGUUUCUUUCAAGUCACUGCCCGAGGAGAGUUUACCAUUGUAUAUGGAUUUUUGUUUUUCUACAAACAAAUUGCGGCAAAGAAGGGGAAGGAAAUGUUCUCCAGGUGGAGCUCUAGCAAGGAAAUGUUCUCAAUCUAACAUAACAAGCAUCACAUGUCCAUUCAUGAUUUGAGUGGGAGGAAUGAAGACCAGAAGGCCGGUGUCCAGCUUUUCCUCAUCUCAAGGAGCUGACUUUAGACAAAGUGUCUGAAGCUAAGAGGAAGCUUGCCUUCUCAUCUUACUUGCUUGAAAGACUUAGCUUGUCGUUCGGGUGUGGGGUUCUACAUCAUGAAAGGGCCACUACUACUCGUAACAUGGACUACUUAUCUCUUGAAGAAUUAGAAAUAUAUGAUGGAUGCCCAGGUCUGUUCUCGUUACUAGAGACAAAGCUCCUGUUCAUGUUCCUAUUUGAUACGAUGCCAUUUCCAAUACAAAAACU